GUCUUUAAAAACAAUGUUAUUUCCUGAGGCUCAAAGAGAAAACAAUUUACCACAAGGUCCUGAGCUGUCAGUCAUAUCUCAUGAUCUUCAUCAACAGAACAGCUACUAAAUGGACUUAACUACUGUUUAUAAGGUCAAGAAUUAACUUUGAACUUCAGCUUUCAAGACACAAAGCUUAAAAGCUAAAAAAAAACAUCUUUGAACAUCUAUGAUUUCAGUAGGUACAAGUUAAAACAUACUAUAUAUGAUAUUAAUUAAACUACCCAACCUAGUUUAUACAAGUAAAGCUGAAACGAUAAGUUGAUUGACAGAAAAUAAAUAAAUUUGGGAACUAUUGUGUAAUUGUUUAAGUCAAUUUUCAUGCAAAAACAUUACAUGGUUCCAGCUUUACAAUUGUGCAGAUUUGCUUAUUUAAUUGAAUAUUUUCUGUACUAUUAGUUGGACAAAACAAACAAUGUGUCACUUUGGGUUAAGGGGUAAUUGUGACGGCAUUUAUUAAGUUUGAUGUCCUGUACAAACUAUUUUAAAAACAGAAAAACCCUGUUUCUACAUGAAUGCAUGAGUAAUAAUAAUCUAAUGACAUUAUAUAAAAUAGUAACUUACUUUAAGUUAAUUUUCCUGAUACUUAACUACAUACUUAGGUAACUGUUUUAAUGCAGUACUUUUACGUAUAAUAGGUAUAGGCUAGUGAGUAUUUACUGUGUGUCAUUAGGCUGGUGGUGAGUGACAGAGAGAGAGAUACACACACACACACACACACACACACACACACACACACACACAGAUAGAGAGAGAGAGAGCUCCUCCACCGGAGCAGGAAGCGGCUACUGGGACUGCCGAGAAGACAGAGAGGAGGUACAAAACAACGUCGACAUCUGCGGGGUUUCCACCAUAAUGUAGCCCCAAACACUGAGCAAGAACAGCCGUGCGCCACAUCGACCCGACAACAACACGACGAGAUGUCGAGGGUGCAGCGGUGAAAACAAAGGACAGAGCCGUAUACAUCUGUGUUGUUUGUUUGUUGUUGCACGGUGACAAUGAAGGAGCUGCAGGGCUGCGGUAUGCGCUCCUCGGUGGGCUUUCUGUCCCGCAGAGAGCUGACCGGGCAGCCGCUCUUGAAGGAGGAAUUCCAGAGACGCAGGAUGGCCGGCUGCACCAGCCUCUACAAGAAGGACAUGCUCGGUCACUUCGGCUGUGUCAACGCCAUUGAGUUCUCCAACAACGGCGGGGAAUGGCUCGUGUCCGGAGGAGAUGACCGCCGGGUGCUCCUGUGGAACAUGGAACAAGCCAUCCAUGCUCGGUCCAAGCCUUUGAAACUGAAGGGCGAGCACCUGUCCAACAUCUUCUGCCUGGCCUUUGACAGCACCAACAAAAAGGUCUUCUCUGGUGGAAACGAUGAGCAGGUGAUUCUUCACGAUGUGGAGAGGAGGGAGACUCUGAACGUGUUCCUGCACAUCGACGCCGUGUACAGUCUGUCUGUCAGUCCGGUCAACGACAACGUGUUCGCCAGCUCCUCCGACGACGGACGUGUUCUGAUCUGGGACACCCGCGAGCCGCCGAGUACAGAGCCGUUCUGCCUGGCCAGCUACCCCUCGGCCUUCCACAGUGUGAUGUUUAACCCUGUGGAGCCCCGGCUCAUCGCCACAGCCAACUCCAAGGAGGGAGUGGGAUUAUGGGACAUUCGCAAGCCACGCAGCUCAUUGCUCCGUUACGGAGGCAGCAUGUCCCUGCAGAGCGCCAUGAGCGUCCGCUUCAACAGCACCGGCACACAGCUGCUGGCGCUGCGUCGCCGCCUGCCGCCCGUCCUCUACGAGCUGCACUCCCGCCUGCCCAGCUUCCAGUUCGACAACCAGGGCUACUUCAACUCCUGCACCAUGAAGAGCUGCUGCUUCGCUGGGGACAAAGAUCAGUACAUCUUGUCUGGGUCAGAUGACUUCAACCUGUACAUGUGGAGGAUCCCAAAGAACCCAGAAGCAGGAGGCCUCAGUCGAGUGGUAAACGGGGCGUUCAUGAUCCUGAAGGGUCACCGCUCCAUAGUGAACCAGGUCCGCUUCAACCCUCACACCUACAUGAUCUGCUCCUCCGGCGUGGAGAAAGUCAUCAAGAUGUGGAGUCCCUACCAGCAGCCCGAGAGUCUCGGUGAUCUGGAGGGCCGAGUGGAGGACAAGUCACGCAGCCUCUACACCCAUGAGGAGUACAUCAGCCUGGUGCUCAACAGCGGCAGCGGUCUGUCCCACGACUACGUCAGCCAGUCCAUCCAGGAGGACCCGCGCAUGAUGGCUUUCUUUGACUCGCUGGUGCGUCGAGAGAUCGAGGGCUGGAGCUCCGACUCCGACAGCGACCUGAGCGAGGAGGCCAUCAUGCAGCUCCACGCUCGGGGACGUCGCACCACGAGGCCCGCGCCGACACCUCCCGCCGUCAUACCUGCUGCUAGUCAUCACAGCGACUCUGAUAACUCGUCGUCCUCCUCUUUGGCUGGACCUGAUGCCUCAGGAGGAGAAGGGCAAGCAGGAGCAGAGGUGGAGGAGCAGCCGAGGAGACGAAGCAGGCUUCAGCGGCACCAGUCAGGCUUCUUCGUGAACGAGGACUCGGACUCCAGUGAGUUUUGGCUCGACCCCAUGCCGCGGCCUCGCUCCCCGAGCCCCAGGGACAACUCCACGCUGUCCAGCCCCGCCUCCUCUCCUUCACUUCCUGCCGGAGCCUCCAGCUCCUCCACGUCCACCUCCAGCUCCAGCAGCGGCGACGAGGAGCGGCGUAGCGCAGUGAGGCGGCGCAACGUCGUGAGGCGACGGCGCAUGCACGUCGUCUCCAGAGCUGGGGAUCGACCCGACUCUGUACAUACUCUGUUUUCAGCCAUGGACUCCUGCAGUUACCCAUCGAUAUCAAUCGAUGACCUGUCUUCCUCCUCGUCAGGCGAGCUACAAAACUCCCUCAAGCCCGUCGGAGAUGAGGAGAAAUGUCUCAGCCCUUCUGACUUUGUGUGUCUGAGCCCGGUCAUGUCCCCCGACAGCCAAGAGAAUGAGGAAGGGAGUGACAGGACUGAGAGGACUGAGCUGGAAAGACGUCCAGCUGGGUCUCAUGGGUCCCUGGAUGGACACAGGACUGAAGAGAUUGCUGCCAGCUCUGAUAGCGGCGAGGCUUGUAGCAGCUCGGUGGCUUUAGACAGUAACUCUCCGAACCGACACAGCCCCGGAGUCAACGGGCGACACCGGACUGUAGCACCCUACGUGAGAGAGAACCUCCACGUGUCCUCCGAAUCGGAGGAAGAGGCAGGCGUCACACCCGAAGACACCAGGCCGCAGAGAGAAAAGGGCCUGAAACGGACUCAUGUGGGAUCAGAGGAGGGCGAGUCAGGCUCCUCCCCCUCAGAAAAGAAGUUAAAAACAUAAUGAGACUGCUUUCUCAUCCCAGAAAGAAAUCAUUUGUUAACAGACAUACAUUUAGGAAGUGGGGUUUUUUAUGGGUUUUUACAACUCAGCCUUUUCAUUUUUGCGUCUUGUAGUCAUGUGACAUGUCAUAUGAACUCGUGCCGAUUAUGAGCAAGAAGACUGAAGGAACUGAAAGUGUGAUCAGUUUUUUGUUUCCAAACACAUGAAUCGGGACAAUGUCAUCACUCUUUUGGUCAAACCAAAGAUGACAAUAAAAGAUGGAAAUAUAAAAGGCAAGCUAAAUAUUGUCGAUAACAACGGUGGUUUAAGUGAAACACAUUUAUUUUCAUGCAGCAUUGGUGUUUCUUUCUCGCGCUCUGGUUGCAGAAAGCUCCACUUAGGAUUCCGAGCUCCUCCAACUGUAACAACAACAACAAAAGCUCUUCUGGAGGACGAAAGCUCUUCAGCAUUCUCAUUUUGACGGUUUCACUCUGAUCUGAUUGGCUUAUUUUUUUAUUUUUAAGUGAUUUUAGACCGAGACUGCUUCAGGGUGUCUGAAGACUUGACUGUGUGAAAUCUUACCAUUUGUUUAAGCUGUGCAUUGAAAUGAUGCGUUCAGUGUCUCGUUAUCCGGGCAUCGUUACGGGCCGGCGCUCGCUUUUGUUUUCUUGCAAUUAAAGAAUAUUUUGUUCUCCAGCGACAACGGCACAACUUCUUCCUGGGGCUUCGCUCAUUCACAAUGGAGUUUUGACUGGUGAAAAUAUUGACUAUUUCUGUGUGUCUGAAACGAGUUAUUUUGCCCGCAGGUUUUUGGGUACUUCACUACCUACUCCUGACAGAGUUGCCAUGGCAACAUGGCUUCAAUUCUCCUGCAAAAGAAAUGCGUUCGGCCGGCCGUGACCUCGAGCAAUUUAUCGGCUGAACUAAAAGCUGUCUUUGCUUUCGUUAAAAGAAUAGUUACACGAGUUAUUGUCAGUCUGCCACACAAACAUCACUGAGAAAUAAAAUGAAGAUUCAGACAUCACAAGUAGUCUGUGGUUUAUGUUUAAAGAUCAUUUUCACAAGACUUCUUGCACUUGACGACGAGCUGAUACAAAAAUAUAGGAAAAAUGAGUCCAAAUAAUUUUCAGUAAUGGCUAGGAACAGUGAAUUUUACAAUCAUGUCCACCAGGGACGUAGACAAGAUUUUAGACAUGCAUACAUCAGAUGACAAAAGGACAUUUUCAACUGAUCAAUUAUAUUUUAAAUACUAUAUUUUAUAUCCUGUAAAUAUCAUCCAGCAACAUAUUUGUUUAAAUGCUGUUUGAAAACAUCUGGUGGCGACGUUUAUUUAUUUAGUCCUUUAUUUAUUUAUUUUGCUCUCAAAAGUACUAAAAAAUCAUAAAGCCAUUUUAAAAGUAUGGAGUCUAAUAAGAUACUGUAAUCAGCUAAUUAAAUACUAUGCAAGUUUUGUAUUCAUUUAAAUAUUAGAGAGAACAUGAUGUCGGGGUCCCACUUUUGGGAUUUCUUUACUUUAAAUAUCACAAUUUGUCAGGAAAGUACAUUUUCAAAAUGAAAGUACACCAAAAACAAAUAAAUAAAUAUUCCUAAAAUACUAAAAGACAGGAUGUUGACCUCAUCAGGUGAAUAACCAUAAAUGGACGAGUAUUAUACUGUUCAUCAGAUAAUCUGGCCACACCCACCCAAAUUCCCCAACUGUGUAAUGACUGUCCAUUAAAACACAUGAUGUCAUUCCUGUCUGAGGAAGCGGCGAUGCCGGUUGUGUCCCGUCUACGGCCUGAACGACGGCACUCUUCUUCCAGACAAAGCAGACUACCAGAGGGCAUACCAGUGGCUGUCGGAAAAGAUUACAAAGAAAGAAAACACCACAUGGCAUCACGGCCUCACGAGCUGGCGGUGCAGUGGUAAUCUGAGGGCAGGCAAACAUGCAGUUGAGGGUUAUUGAGUUGUUUGUUCUGCUCUCUUGUCAAAAUAAUUUCCUCUACUCCUUGGAACUUCUCUGUGUGGCUGUCACUUAUCUGCAGGAAGUAGACACCCUUCAUUUAACCCCCAUGCUUCCCCUGGGACAAGUAUUCAAAUAGCGAUAUUGUCUGCUUUGGGCUUGUUUACAUUUUGACUGGAGUGUGCCUGCCGGGCUGCAUAUGGUUUAAUGAUUGAUUACAGGCUACACAUGCAGAGGUGUGCAAGAGUGACAUCAAUCAAAACUGAGUUGUUUUUACAUAUUCCUUAAAAUAAUUCAGUAUAUUUUACUGCUAUUGACCACAAUGCUAAAGCACGCUGGUUACAUUAGGAGAGAACCCAUUAGUGAACUUACAAUGGACUUUUUUAUCUUUAUUUAUUCAGGGAAGGUUAACUGCUUCUGUGUGCUCUUUUGCAGCAACACCCUCCUAGAUACAGUAGGUCACAUUCACAGCUGGGAGGGGCCCAGCACAGCCACAGACCUUGAGGACUUCCACCAGAGCGAGCGUGGGUUUAGUGGGUUUAGUCAAAUGCACCAUAUUGGUUUGGGAGGAGACUCCCUAACUUUUUCAGUUUCUUAAAGGCCCCGAAAAACCCCAUUUAUCAAUUGGCUUCUUACUAUGAGUGUUGUGAACCUACACACAUGCACUAUUUUCUGCGUAAGUUACAGGAGUUAUUUUAUGUUACGAGAGAUUUUUGUGUUUUUGACCUUGCUUUUCACAGUUUGGUUUGUGGUGGUUGGGGCUCAGUUUGAAAAAAGGUGAUAACAUGUUUUUCCCUGCACCAAUCAGGAUUUAGCGAUAUUUAAUGAAAAUGUGACGGCAGUUGUAGCAGUUGCAAUGAAUUUUAAAUUCCAAAAUUGAAGUUUUUGUGCAUAUUUAGUCAUGAAUAUCUUUCGUUGCAUAGACAUACUUCAAAAAGAAAUGUAGCAUUGCACUCCUAUAACAUUGGCAGACUCACAAUGGACAGUUAAAAAAAUGUAUCAAAAUGAAUCCAGCAGAACCAUAGAUAUCUUCUUCUUUGUCAAAACCCAGCGCCUACAUUACCCACAAUGCAACUCGACCAUCAGUUCUGUCAAAGAGUCAGCUGUGUUAUGCUAGUAGCGGCUAACGUAGCCUUGAGCUGCUAGCCUCCAGCAGAGAUGAGGAGCGGGCUACGGAGGUCAGUUCAGCUCACUUCUUUCUAACGCUACACCAACAGAUUGGAGUUUUUUUUAAACUUGUAGUUUUCAGCGCCAAGCCAUGCUGACUCAAGUGACAUCACUUGAGGCCAUUUUUCCGAUUUCAAUCAGCUUCCUCUGUGGCCACAAAAAGCUUUCUAUGCCCUUUUUUUUUUACAUAUUCAGUAGCACUGUAGAGGCUGCUAACUGACUUUUAAUAAUUAAAAUCUGGAGUUUCCCUUUAAAUUUUGAACUCCAGAUUUCAGGGGCUUGAGGUCAGAUCCUGUGUUUGACUCCAGCCCUCCCCCACUGCUGCAUCAUAUUCAAAAAAAGGAGCAAAACUCUCCUUUUAGACUGAGUCCUCACAUUCUUUAUCCCCUGCCUACAGUAUGCUCCCUUUGGCCCCAGAUGGUGUUUGACCACAAACCCAAACACACGUACGACUCAAUGGGAUUAUCCUGUUUGUUCUGCAGUAUCCCAUACAUGGUUUAGCUUUAACAGCAACGACAGCUAUUUAAGAAUUCCCCACCCUACAUGACUGGAAUACCUUGGGAACUUGCCAGAGACCAGACAGAGCCCAGUGUACCGGCUCUUCACAUGACCUGUGUGCCUCAGAACGAAGGCCCAGAAGUUUCUUUGCACCACUGACUCUUCACAAGAUAUUCUGGGAUUCUGCUGAAUAGUAUUAUGUUGACGUCAACGAGCUGGACCGGGGAGAACUUACUCCGG